ACGCUUACUUUGGCGCUGUGCGCCGUGUCCGCCAACGCCGACUUGCUGCUCCAUCGUCAGGGCACCGCCUCCCUUUCCAACGUGACAUGUGGGCGGGCCAGCUACACAAAACACCAAGUCGACGCCGCCGUCGCCGAGGGCUGCCGCCUCCAUGCCGCCGGCGAGCAGCUGGGGUCUAGCAAGUACCCGCAUCGCUUCAACAACUACGAGGGACUUGUCUUUGCCGUCUCCGGGCCCUACCAGGAGUUUCCCAUCCUGAAUAGCGGCAGCGUCUAUUCAGGCAAUGCCCCGGGCCCAGACCGCGUCUUGUUCAACCCGAGCUACCAAGGCAGUUGCGUCUAUGUCGGCGCCAUGACCCACACCGGUGCCUCGGGCAACGGUUUUGUCUCCUGCUUGGAGACAUCGGCGGGUGGGUCGACCGCCAGUAUCAUCACUUCCCUGCCCACUGCGACGUUGUCCCGUCCAUCUACGCCCACGUCAACCCGGUCGGGCGCAUCGUCGACUUCAACCGCGGGUUCGGAUAGGAACGGUGCAGCGCCGGCGCGGAGUAGCGGAGGACAGGGCGCGGUCGUCGGGGCCAUU